CUAGAACACACUAGUUUCCCAUCCCUUAUGCAAGAGACAUUCUAUCUCGACUUUUCUCUCUAUUAUGUAAGUUGCGACGCUCUAUCCGUAUUUUAGUCUCGAUGAUACCGAAAGCAACAUUCUAUCCCAUCACACGGUGCCUUCGCUUGGCGGCAGCAGGUCGCUAUGGAGACGGUGCGGCGGAUUGUAAUUACGACGCUGACCCUGGGUGCUUUCGGUGGGGUCGGAGGUGUAUUGUGGCUCCUGGUAGCCCCAGGAGAGCAGCGCAGGUUAGAGAUGAGCAAGGUACGGGUUAUGUUGUGUAACAGGCUGUUGUGAGCCUGGCGGACAUGUUGUAUCACGGCAGAGGUCGCUGAUGUCAUUCGGGAUUCAUUCUAUAAGAAUACUCCUAGUAAUUUAAAGAUAAAGAAUAAAUCUGCUUUGAUGAUAAAUGUUCAUUGACUGUGCUUUGCACGGAGAGAAUUGCACGUCUUUUAGACUUUGUCAAGCUGCCUUAAACACGUGUUGUGAGAAACGCCGUUUUGAAGUAGUUAUGGUGCUAGGAGAACCCUGGUGCCCCUUCCCCUUAUUGAAAGCAGUCAGACUGUUUAUUACUACUUUAUGGAACUGGAAAGAAGUGAAACCGUUUGACUACUUGCAUUGGGGACUCACUGUAGUGAUUAUGGUGCUUGAAGCGUUCCUUAAAUUAUUUUUAGCAAGUAAAUUUUUUGAAAUUGACCCAUACAGUGUUAUUCACUCUGUGGUGGGCUGUCUCAUGUAAAUUUCACUGUUUAGGACAGAUUAGUUGAACUGGAAAAUAACUUGUCAGCAAUGUACUUAUUUAUUCUAAAUUCCAGCUAUUUAAGUAUAAACAUUUAUAUUCUUUUGAGUAGGCAAUCCAUUGUAGAACGAUUUGACCUCUUACCUGUUUACCUGAGGUUAUAAACAACUUAAAGGGACACUAUAGUCACCCAGACCACUUCAGCUCAAUGAAGUGGUCUGGGUGCCAGGUCCCUCAGGUUUUAACCCUUCAGAUGUAAACAUAGCAGUUUCUGAGGUCUGCUAAAGUGACACUCCAGUGCCAGGAAAACAAACCGUUUUCCCGGCACUGAGGUACCCUCUCCCUCCCACCACCCAUCCCAUGUUGCUGAAGGGGUGAAAACCCCUUCAGUGACUUACGUGAGAUCCCCGCCGAUGUCCCUCGGCGGCGGUUUUGGGUCCGUCCACACUACUCCCCUGCUGACGUCAUCCAGCGGGGGAGACCGAUCGCGCAUGCGCAGCGGCCGGCGGGGGAGUGACGCUGUAGCACAGAAAACCUGUGUUAGAAACCAGGAAGUGCUGUCUAGUAGAAAGCCACUAGAGGAGGCGUUAACCCUGCAAUGUAAUUAUUGCAGUUUAUGAAAACUGCAAUAUUUACAGCUGCAGGGUUAAGGGUAGUGGGAGUUGGCACCCAGACCACUCCAAUGGGCAGAAGUGAUCUGGGUGCCUGGAGUGUCCCUUAAGGACUGCUCCUCAACCCCCUACUAAUUUUGGCAUGAACUUAAUUCCUGAAAGCCAGAAAUGUUGUCCAAUGGAUGCCAGAUAUGAAGUCAAACCAUCUUAAAAUCAAAAUGCAUUUUGUAAUUGUUAGGAAUUCUCUGAUAGGUAGAGUACCAUGCACUCAACUUAUUACAUAUUUUAUUGAAAAAGCAGUAUUCUAACAGAGCCUCGUAAGGCUAGUUAAACAAAUCCUGACACUACUUUUGACACUUGAGGAUAAGCCGUGAGAAAUAAACAAUUGCUUGUAGGCAUCACGGAUAGCGGAUUCACAUAACUCUGCAUGGUUAACUAGGUGGUAGCUUUACCAGUAGCAAGCGAUGUCUUGACAGUGAUAUAUAUCUAUCUAUCUAUAUCUCUAUCAAUGAGAUGGUCCCUAUGAUUGGUUCAAAUUAUAAGAGUUACUGCUGUGAAUAGCUUUCAUGUAAGGAUAGGGACAGUGGUGUAUCCUGGUUUUGUGCUGCCCUAGGCAUAACGAAAAUCAGGCACCCUUCCCCCCUGCCCCGCCUUCUAAAUACACACACAUUCACCGACAGACACGCAUACACUAGCAAACAGACAUACACACUCACUAACAGACACACAUUCCCUAACAGACCUGCAUACACUCUCACUAACAGACACACACAUAGUAACACACUCCCUGACAGACACACACACUCACUCACUGACACACACUAACACACACACACUAACACAGACACACUCACUCACUAACACACACACACUAACAGACACACACUCACUCACAUUAACACUCACUUUUGUUUUUAAAUUCAACCCCCCCAGCCUCCUUACCUUUGGGAAUGCUGGGGGGGUUCUUCCUUUCCCUGGGGGUCCGGUGGCUGCUGGGCGGGCUGGCUAGGUGCUGGUCGGGCGGCGCUGGCGAGGGAGCACUUUCCUCUGAACUCUCUGCUCAGCUCCCUCGCGCGCCGCAGAGUGAGGCUGGUGAGACCCGGAAUAUGAUGUCAUAUUCCGGCUCCCAGCCUCACUCUGCGGCGCGUGAGGAUGCUGAGCAGAGAGCUCAGAGGAAAGUGCUCCAGCGCCGCUCGACCGGCUUGUCAGUUAGCCGCGAGGCUAACGACAUUUGCCCUGGGCAUUUGUGGGCGACUUUUUUUGCCGCCCCCCUGGGAAAAUGCCGCCCAAGGCAAAUGCCUUGUUUGCCUCGCGGCUAAUACGUCCCUGGAUAGGGAGCAUAUGUUGGGAUAGACUCAGCUCACUGGAGCGGCAUAAUAAAAAUGAACAAGAGACAUGUAAAAACAUAUCGAGAUGCAUUGUGUUAAUUAUAGGGAUCGACCGAUUAUCGGUCUGGCCGAUAUUAUCGGCCGAUAUUUGGUAUUUUCGGCAAUAUCGGUAUCGGCCAAUUCAGAUACCGAUAUUGCCGAUUAUAUAUAACAGGACCGCCGUGCCCAUUACAAGCCCGGCGGUCCUGUGGGGGCCAGCAGCAAGCGCUGACUUACCUUGCAAGCAGCUCCAGCAGCUCCCUGUGUAAAUCUCGCGAGACCCGCGGUCGCAGAGCGUUGCCACGGGGUACCAUGGCAACGCUCCGCGCAGCACUAAGAGCCGCGAGAUUUACACAGGGAGCUGCUGGAGCUGCUUGCAAGGUAAGUCAGCGCUUGCUGCUGCUGAGCCACCACUGUACUUAACAAGCCACUGGACCACCAGGGAAUACUAUAUCCCCCCUCCCUGGUAAAAAGCAGGGAGGGGGGGCUAAACAAAAAAAAAAAAACAUUUAAAUAUUAAAAUAAAAAAAUUACACAAAUUACAUCACUACACACACACACACACAAACACACACUGCACACAUACUGCUACUCAGACACACACACUGCAUUACACACACACUACACAAACACACACUAGGGGGGGGGGACUAAACAAAAAACAACAACAUUUAAAUAUUAAAAAAAUAUUAAAAUAAGAAAUUACACAAAUUACAUCACUACACAAACACACACUGCACACAUACUGCAUUACAUACACACUACACAGACACACACACACACACUGCAUUACAUACACACACUACAGACACACACACUACACACACCACAAACACACACACACACUGCACACAUACUGCAUUACAGACACACACACUGCACACACUACACUGCAUUACAUACACACACUACACAAACACACUGCACACAUACUGCAUUACAUACACACACUGCAUUACAUACACACACUACAUUACAUACACACACUACAUUACAUACACACUACACACACACACUGCAUUACAUACACGCAUUACAUACACACACAUACACACUACACAAACACACACAAAAACACUGCAUUAUACACACACUACAUUCAUUAUACACACACUACACAAACACACACUCUGCAUCCACUACACACACACACACACACUACACAAACACACACAGUUCCCCUGUCUAAACACACUUCAUCCACUACAUGUGGCAUGUAUAUUUUAUGCGUUUACCUUUCGAAUUAGUUUAUUUAUUCAAAAUAGUAAAUGUACAGAAUAUCGGCAAGAUAUCGGCUAUCGGCCUGAAAGUUUGCAGAUUAUCGGUAUCGGUAUCGGCUCUAAAAAAUCAAUAUCGGUCGAUCCCUAGUUAAUUAUAAAAUUGUCUCAGACCUUUGGUGGGCCAAUGAGACUAGCCAUGAAAGUGCAUGUGACUCGUGAAGGUUGGCAACAAUAAAUGGGCCCUGGUAGCUUCUAUUAUGAAUAUUGCAGUAAGAGCGAUGUAGUAAGAUGCUGACAGUGCGUCUUUAUGGUAGCUUUAAAUAGCAAGCGCUCCUGAUGUGUAACUAUGCGCCAAAUAGAAAAUAAACAGAAGCUUAGCCACUGUGUUAUUGGAGGCCAAUCAAAUAUGAUUUAAAAAAAAUAAAAUAUUUUAACAGGAAAGAUACAUUGAGAUUUCGCUCGUUUUCAAGUAUGUCCUGGGUCCACAAAAUAUGAAGAGGUAGCCAUGAGUUAAAGUGCACAGUGGUGUUCUAGCAUAUAUGGUCACCGCUGGGUUGUCUCAUGUAAAACUAGGCAAACUGUUAUCCCACCUAUUGUGGGAUGGCAACAAUAAGUUAAUAAAUUAAAUCAUAGUGUGUUACUAAGUCCAGGGAAAUAAAUAGUUUUCCUUGUUACGUCAGAGCUGAAGCAACCAAGGACUAACCACUACAUACAUUCUAGGUUCACAGCAGAGGAACAUUUUGUAAUAGCUUCUAGCAGGAGUUAUAAUGCGUCUGCUACACUGGCAUAUAACUUUAGUUAACUUUGCAUUAAUAAAACCGGUAAUCAUAAAUAACAUACGGCAGAUGUGUUCCAGAUGUGUGUUUUUUUUUUCAAUUUAUAAUCUUUAUUCGGAGAUAUCAGCUCCACUUUUUUACUUUUUUUUUUUUAACACAAUAGAGUUUGACAAAAAAAGAAGAUACAAUUAACAAAACAUCCCAUAUAUAACAUAUACAGUAAGACACACAUAUCGGUAAACAUUACUUUUACCCACAUAGGCAUGAAGUGGUAUAGUUACAUUUAGUAAAACCCCUAUGUUGUUUAAAGAUCUCACUGUAAACAACUCACAUACAAAAAGGACAUAACAAGACAAAACAUGUGUUCCAGAUGUUAAUUGAUACAGGGGGUCUGAUUACAUAUUUUUUGCAAAUGGCCAUAUAGUUCUUGUUGUAAGUGGUCCCAUUCUCUUUUGCCAUAUUCAUGCACAUUUCUCAUGUCUUUAUUCUGUUUUGUGUAGUUUAUAAAUGAUCCACGUUGAAUGCAUUAGUGGUUCUGGCUCUAUAAAGAAAUACUCCAAGCACCAUAACUACAUAUGGGUGUAAUGGUUAUGGUGCCAAGAAUGCCAUGGAACCCUCACAGGAUACGUAGUAAAACCAUUUUGACAACAUACCAAGGGUGUGCCAGACACUGGUUGCCUCUUACCAUGGAUUUGGAAGGAGCUGUAUUGUGCUUCAGUUAGCUCCCCUCAGCGGAACCUUGCAGUGCAGGUAUGGCUCAUUGUCUGAUCACUCUCAGAGUGCUAAGCUGUGCACAACCUGGUGUAGCUGAGAACUGCUUACUAUAAAGGUAGGCAGUGAGUGGUGCCCACAAGUUAAGAAUUCAUACUGUUCAGAAAUAGUUUAACUACUUACAUUGGGGUGAGUAAGUAGUGCGCACCACGGAAUUCCUAGCACCAUAAAAACUACAGCAGUUUAUUGUGGUCAUAGUGCUUGGAAUUGCAUGACAUUGCAACUUGUUUUUCAGGGUUCUUUGGAAUGAUCAAUCUAAAUAGUUAAUAAAUUAAUAGUUGUAAAUAGUAUACACAGUAAAAAGAAGGAAACGUUUUAAAUGUGACUCUGCUGAAAGUACAUUUUCUUUUCUCAUUUCAAGAAUUAUCCAGAAGCGAAUCCAGCAACUUUGGCCGAGGUGCGGAAACGAAAUGAAUUGGUACUUCAAGUUAUUAAAGAAGCAGCUGAAACAAAUGAGAAUGUGUCAAGGAAGUCACCAUGGAAAUAAUGAAUGCUGGCAAUAGAUAACUGUAAAACGUUUCCUAUUUCUGUGGAUAGUUUUCAAGGCAUUGACUGACUAAAAGUGAAUAUUUUAAGCAUAAAAGUUUGCCCAUUUAACGACUGUGAAAUGCGCCUUCUUAAAUACAAUGCAGUCAUAUCUGAUACCCUGGGUUUCCUUUAUGUUGGGUGGUAGAGUGUUUCACCUUCCUAAUUUUCUUAACAUUUGUAAAUACAUUACCAAUAGGAAGUUACUGUGUUUGGGAAUACUUUAUUGAGAUUAUUUGCAUUCUUACAUGUAUGAUUUUGUGGACGUUACAAAUUAUGACUGCAAUUCAAACCUAUGUUCAAAGGCUAACUAAAGAUCUUUUAUCUUUGCAACACAGUUAUUUCAAUAAAAAAAGAAGCAGUCUGUCUAUAUAAAAACUUCAUGCACACAUUAUUACUGUUACUUGUUUGUUUCACUAUACUCUAAAGCUAAUGUAUGAAAGAGGUUUAUGCAGCAGGGAAAUCGCUGGCGGCAUUCAGUCCUUUGGGACUUGUCUUGUAGUUCUUAAGGAAUUGUCUUGUAGUCCCAAGUUACAGGUUUUGUUAGGUUUAACCUAUAUUUGCAAAAUAGAAUUUUGGUGAGUUGCUAAAUUUAGACUUCUGCAUGGUACAAUUCUUUGUUUCUUACGAUUUUAAAGUUUUCAGAAUUGAAAACGUUGUAGAGGACGUGUCAGGCUCUGCAAUGUGCCGAUUUGGCUGAAUUUCAGUUCUGGAAACCAAUUUGGCCAGUGCAAGGGUUAAUCAUAUGACCGCUAAAUAGCAUGCAGCCAAUGGCCCACUCGCUAGUAAUGUACACCCCUGCCCUACCUCUACCCGUGGGCAUUGGUUGGGGUCUUCAUUUUAAAGAACAAGGGGUCACUGGAAGGUCAUUGUCUAGUCCCCCUUCUUAUGUUCCCAAGACGCCGUACACAUUUCACUUUGCUAAGGGCUUUCCUCAGGAAAAAAAUAACUGCAACUGUUAUGCAUAUCUCUCUUAAAAUAGUCUUUUGAUGAUAGCUACUCAGCAUCCUGGUUAAUUAAUUCCACACCUGCUUUACAUGCUUUUUGUGGCACUUCCAAAGGGCACCUGCAGUGGAGGGUCCGAGUUCUCAACCCAAAAUGAAUCUGGUCUGGACUUAAAAUGUACACAUAAACAGGGUAAUUGGGGUGCGCACACACAGAACAUGCGUUUUUUUUAAUAGGGGUGUUGCCAUACAGAUCCAAAAUAUAUGUAUAUGAAGGCAACAGAGUACAAAUAAUAUACAGUUUUACAUAAGCACCACUAUUGAAAAAUCCCCACCCCCAAUUCCCUAUCUUUUUGUGUUUAUUUGGAGUUAAGACCAGAAUACUUUUGAUCACUCCAGCUUUAAAAAAAUUUGUUACAUGUAAACAAAUGUUUUUUUUUUAAAUUAUGUAUAUUGAUUUUGUUGAGGAAAAAAGAAAACCAGUUUUUUUUUUUUCUUUCUUUCAAUCUGGCUGAGCAGCCAGGUUGGGUCAGACUCUGUUACCUGCUGCUCAUCCUUACUUUCCUACUGCUGCAGUUACAUACAGGGCAAUCAUAGCAGCAGAUAAGUUAGGUUAAGCAGCAGUUGAUCAACAGUAGAGUGUGACCCAACAUGGCUGCUUAGCGAGAUAUAAAAGUCAUUUGUAAAAAAUGUAUAUUCGUUUAAAAAAAAAAAAAAAAAUCAUGUUUCAUUAAAGGUAAUGUUUCAAAACAAGAACUAUAAAUAAAUUGUAAGUUUGUAUGAGCAGGGCCUUCUUAAACUCUUGUCUCUGUAAAUAAUUUGUAUGUCAAUUAUUUCUUCUGAAAAAUCAUGUGCUACAUAAUAUGUUGGUGCUAUAUAAAUGGUAAUAAUAACUACCAUGAAAAAGAAAGGGGGAUUGAAUGAAUAAAAAGAAAUUACAAAACAACAUCAUCACUUGUCACCUAAAAUAUAUGGUUAGAGGGCAGUUGACGAGUGAGAGACUGUUCUCAGAAAAAAGAGGAUAAAGUAAAAGACAAAUAGUGACUAUAAUUAGGAGGAGCAAUAAGGAACAUCAGG